AACAACAACAACAACAGCACCAACAACAACAACAACAGCAGCAGCACCAACAACAACAACAACAGCAACAACAGCAUCUCCAAUAACCACUCCACGUUACAUAGUUGCAAUGAGCUUUGUGAUGACCAAAACCUACAUUACUGAUUACAGCAACCCUCAAACUGAAGCUUACCAGACGCUAGCUGCUUCCAUUGUUAGCUGGUCCACACCAAUCUACCAAGCGAAAUAUGGGUCAAGGUUCUUCCGAGUCGUUGUCAUAUCGCUGAGGGCCGUGGCCCGUUAUCGCGCAGACAACACAGAGGCAGAGAUGAAUGUGGAGUUUGAUCAGUCUGUACCAGACACUGUCCCUGACACAACGGAGGUGCUCGAGCAACUGAAACAGCAGCCCAGCCCCGCCAACCUGUCUGUGGACACAAGCACCAUCUCUGUUCUCCACGAGCCACAGAUGAUUGCCAAUGUUCCGUUCACCAUCACCAAUGAGUCUUCUGCCAUUACUCUGGCCGCUGUCAACUCAACUGCCUACCGUGAUACGACAUCCAAAAUUAAAUCUGAGCUGGAGCCCUUCUUUUUGGAAGAUUAUUCUACAAACUUUGUCUCUUUGAACCCCACAACAUACACGGAUGGGACAGUUUACGCAAACUCCUAUGUAACCCAAUCAAACCUCUACUUCACAUACAACGCCACAUUACCAAGUGCAACCGCCAUAUACAACACCAUGAUGCGAGCAGCAGCAAGUGGAAACCUGACUAUUAACAUUGUCUCAGUAAAUGGCACAGCCGUCAGCUCAGGAGACAUCACCAGCAGGAUCAGUCUUGGAACCACCUUCAGCCUCACCCUCCUGGCCAUCAUUGCCACGCAGUCCUGGUAGACGCCCCGUGUGCCUGCCCCCCCCCCCCAAUACUCCCCAUGAAGGAAAUGUUUCCACUUUUGACAUUUGACAGGCAUUACAUUUGCAUAGCCCGGAUUGACUGAAGGCCUGUAAACACAGGAAAAGGGGUUGCAAUGGACUUUGUUUUUAUUGAAACGACCAAUAGUAUAAUUUUAUGCUGUAUCAUUCAUUAUGUAGUGUCAGUGAUUAUUUAUAACUUUAUUUAUCCAUGUAUUUAUUGGACAUAGCAUAUACGUUGUGAGGAAUGUGAAUAUGUUGGAAUAAGAGAGAACGUGUAUGGUGUCUGUAUGUAAGUGUGUGUGUGUGGUGUGCCUGUGUGUGUCUCUGUGUGUGUGUGUGUGUUUUAACUUUAUCUGUUGUACUAACCAGUUUGCAUAUCUUGUAUAGAGGUUUCUGACAAAAAUAUGUAUAUCAUAAAAUAAAAAGAUUAAUGGCAAGAGCAAAAUGA